AUGACCCUGGUGGUCCCUGCCCACUCCAUGACUGCAUUCCAUGACCCCGUUGACUGCAGCGGAUUCCCCAAGAGCCGAGCGGGGCUCAGGACGGCCGGCCACAUUCCCAUAAAGGGGGCGGGGCCCGCCUCCUCCCUCAGCCGACCGGGCGGGGCGGGGGGGGUUGAGGGCUUCGGGCGGCUCUCCCCGCCCCCUCAGGCCCCCCUCGCGCGCCCAGGGGGCGGGCCUGGCGGGGCCCGCCCAGCCAAUGGCGUGGCUGGCGGGUGGCGCGCGCGCGGAGGGGAGCGGGCCAUGGCGACGCCGAGGGCCGCUCCGCGGCGGGGGACCCGAGAGGCCCGGAUGGCCCUGGCCGCCGUCCCCGCGCUGCUCCCGCUGCUGCUGCUGCUGCCGGGCCUGGCGGGUGCAUCAUGUUGUCAUCGUGCCAAGGGUAACUUAAUGUGUCGUGAUGUUUGUGAACAGAUUUUGGCAUCUAAGAGUCAUUCACAUUUGAAACAUCUUUUGCAACGUGCACCUGAAUAUUGUCCAGAAUCAAUGGGCGAGGUUUGGGGCUGUAUAAAUUCUUCAUUGCCAGGUGUUUUGAAGAAAUCACAUGGCUGGGUUGGCUUAGGUUGCUGUGAGUUAGCUAUUGUAGUGGAAUGUCGACAAGCUUGCAAACAGGCAUCUUCAAAAAACGAUAUUUUGAAAAUUUGCAGGAAAGAAUAUGAGAAUUCUCUUUAUAGUUGCAUUAACAGAAACGAAAUGGGCUCAGUUUGUUGCAGCUACGCAGGUCAUCACACAAACUGCCGGGAAUAUUGCCAAGCAAUUUUUCGAACAGACUCUUCUCCUGGUCCUUCCCAAAUAAAAGCUGUUGAAAGCUACUGUGCUUCUGUUAGCCCACAGCUAAUUCAUUGUGUGAACAACUAUACACAGUCCUAUCCAAUGAGAAACUCAACAGAUAGUUUAUACUGCUGUGACAGAGCAGAAGAUUAUGCCUGCCAAACAGCUUGUAAAAGGAUCCUGAUGUCAAUGAAAACAGAACUUGAAAUUGUGGAUGGACUUAUUGAAAGCUGCAAGACAAUGCCUCUGCCUCAGGAUCCUCUCUGGCAGUGCUUUCUGGAGAGCUCGAGAUCUGUUCACCCUGGAGUCACUGUGCACCCCCCACCCUCCACUGGCCUGGAUGGUGCUAAACUGCACUGCUGUUCCAAAGCAAAUACGUCCAUGUGUAGAGAAUUAUGCACUAAACUUUAUAGCAGCAGCUGGGGCAACACACAGACCUGGCAAGAAUUUGAUCGUGUUUGUGAAUACAAUUCACUCGAAGUUUCCAUGUUGACCUGUUUAGCGGAUGUACGUGAACCUUGUCAGCUGGGCUGUAGAAAUCUGACUUACUGCACUAAUUUUAAUAACAGGCCAACAGAACUCUUCAGGAGUUGCAGUGCUCAGUCAGACCAAGGAGCCAUGAAUGACAUGAAACUUUGGGAGAAAGGAAGCAUUAAAAUGCCAUUUAUAAAUAUUCCUGUUCUCGAUAUUAAAAAAUGUCAACCGGAAAUGUGGAAGGCGAUUGCUUGCUUGUUACAGAUUAAACCUUGCCAUAGUAAAUCUAGAGGAAGCAUUAUUUGCAAAUCAGAUUGUGUAGAAAUUCUCAAGAAAUGUGGAGACUUGAGCAAUUUUCCUGAGGGACACCAGGCUGAAAGUAUUUGUGAACUUUUAUCUCCAACAGAUGACUUGGAGACUUGCAUACCCUUACAUCCUUAUCUUCGCCCAAGUAUUUUAGGUAACAUUGUGGAGGAUGUGACACAUCCCUGUAAUCCAAAUCCUUGUGCUGCCAAUCAGCUGUGUGAAGUCAACAGAAAAGGGUGUCAGCUUGGGGAACCCUGCCUGCCUUAUAUUUGUGUGCAAGGCUGCAAGUUGGGUGAGGCAUCUGAUUUCAUUGUCCGCCAAGGUACACACAUCCAAGUUCCAUCCUCGACAGAUGUUGGUUGCUAUAAAAUUUGCACAUGUGGCCAGAGUGGACUGCUAGAAAACUGUAUGGAAAUGCACUGUGUAGACCUCCAAAAGUCUUGCAUUGUUGGGGGGCAAAGAAAAAGUCACGGAACGUUUUUUGAUAUAUAUUGCAAUGUUUGCUCUUGUUUUGCUGGAAAUUUGAUAUGCUCCACUCGGCAGUGUCUAAACGAACACAGCUCAGACGAUGAGCGUCACAUGUUUACAGGUCUGCCAUGUAACUGCGCUGAUCAGUUUGUCCCAGUAUGUGGGCAAAAUGGACGCACUUAUCCCAGCGCAUGUAUCGCGCGUUGUGUGGGGCUUCAGGACAAUCAGUUUGAGUUUGGAUCCUGUAUGUCUAAGGAUGCCUGCAAUCCCAACCCCUGCCUCAAACAUCAGAGAUGUGUACCAAAACCACAGGUUUGCUUAACCAGUUUUAAGAAAUUUGGAUGUAACCAGUAUGAAUGUGUACCGAGACAAUCCAGGUGUGACCAGUUACAAGAUCCCGUUUGUGACACAGACAAUAUAGAAUAUAACAAUCCGUGUACUUUGCAUCAAAAAGGGAAAAGUAUAUCUUACAAAGGUCCAUGUCAGUCCUUUUGCAAAUCAAUAGAAGUGGUGUGCGGCCACAACGGUGAAAGCUACAACAGCGUCUGUGCUGCCUAUUCUGACCGUGUGGCUGUCGAUUACUAUGGACCCUGCCAAGCUGUGGGAGCCCUUUCACACUACAGCUCCCAGGGGGAAUGUGUGUCUGUUCAGUGUCCUCCCCUUUCAGCAGCCGGAUGCAAGCCAGUGAUUCCACCCGGAGCCUGCUGUCCUUUGUGUGCUGGAAUGCUGAGAGUCCUUUAUGAUAAAGAAAAGCUGGACAUCUUUGUCAGGCUCACUACCAAAAAACCGAUCACUGUGCUCGAAAUACUUCAAAAAAUCCGCCUCCAUGUUUCUGUGCCGCAGUGUGAUGUAUUUGGAUACUUCAGCAUAGAAUCUGAAAUCGUGAUUCUUAUUGUACCUGUCGAUCAAAACCCCAAGCCCCUUCAGAUUGAAGCUUGCAAUAAAGAAGCUGAGAAGAUACAGUCACUGAUCAACUCCGACAGCCCCGCUUUAGCAUCUCACGUGCCCCUCUCAGCACUCAGAGCGGCCCAGGUGGAAGUGUCAGUCGGGAAACCGUCCUCUGUUGGUCAGGUGAUGGCAGGCAUGCAUGUGCUUUUCUGGGGCCUGAUGUUCACUUUCUCAGCCUCAGUAUAUAAUACAUAAUGACACUGA